UAGAGCACGUAUAGAGAGAAAAAAAAUGCCUGUCGAAUAAAUUGCGCUUUGGCGAGUCUGAAAUGUUCGGAGACAGGUUGUUUCUGAAGAGUAUCCUGGAAAGUACUUCUCCGCUGAGCGCCUUGGCAACUGUUGCGAAGCAGUCCUAACAAGGCCAGGGGCGAAAUCCCAGCGGCAUUUCGAUUCCCUUCUAUCAAGCAGCGAGCGUUUUAGCAAAAAUACUACGUACAACAUUUCGAUUGUCUUGAGAUUGCUCCAUUUGUGUCCCAUUUUCGGGGAGAGUCUGAUACCUGGACCAUACGCGAGAGAGUCAUGGAGAAGGCGGAGGUGUACGUGGAGAGGACGCUGGCUCUGAUUAAACCUGACGCCAUCGAUAAGGCGGACGAAAUUGAAGAGACCAUUCUCCGAUCCGGCUUCACCAUUAUUCAGAGAAGGAGAGUCUGUUUAAGCCCAGAGGUGUGCAGUGAUAUUUAUGCAGCACAUUAUGGAAAAAUGUUCUUUCCCAGCCUUACGGCAUUCAUGAGCUCUGGGACAAGUGUUGCCAUGGUUAUUGCCAGAGAUAAAGCGAUUGCACACUGGAAUGAGUUGAUUGGACCUGCUGAUAGUGUAAAGGCAAAAGAAACACACCCAGGAAGUUUAAGAGCGUUAUAUGGGACAGAUGAACUUAGGAAUGCUGUGCAUGGAAGUGAGACUUUUUCUGCAGCAGAGAGGGAAAUUAGAUUUAUUUUCCCAGAUGCUUCCAUUGAUCCAAUUGACAUCAGACAAUCUGCAAUGAGUUACCUGAGCAAGAAUGUAAUUCCUACGUUGUUGUCUGGACUAACUGAACUCUGCAAGGAGAAACCCAUAGAUGCUAUUACCUGGCUUGCAGACUGGCUGAUUGCAAACAAUCCCAACAAACCAAGCAUUCAUGUUGAUGAAUAGAAGAGCCCUAAAGUAAUCAUUCUGACAGCUCAAUGUACUCUAAGUUGUUGGAAAGGUGAAAAAUAACUCCAUGUCUAGGAAAUAUUAAUUGUAGGCGGAAUUGGUCUGACCAAUGCAAACAACAGAUGACUUUGGAUUUUAAUCUAUUUAAUGCAGGUGAUGUUUUUAAUUUUUAAUAUCAGCUUCUGAUAUUUACAGUGAAUGCAAAUGCAGAAAAAUCAUUCAACAUUAAUAUCUCUUACUUGAUGGCCCUUAAAGAAACCAAAAUAAUUAAUGAUUGCGCUGGACCUGCCUAAUUGAGAGGAGAGUUCAACGCAUAAGAUUGUAUUUUACUAUCAACAGCUACACUUGAAUGCUAUUGUUUUACUAUUUCCACUUUCCUCAGAUGUAUGCUCCUCAAUAAUUGUUUGUUAAAUGUUUUUCCUAAUUUGUGAUUGACAAUCAUGUCUAUCGAAUUGUGAUAAUUCAUUCCAUACUCCAAUGAUCCUUGUGAAAUAAAAUACUUUCUAGCA